AUGGCGUCCACGGAUUACAGUACUUACAGCCAAGCUGCAGCCCAGCAGGGCUACAGUGCCUACACUGCCCAGCCCACUCAAGGAUAUGCACAGACCAGCCAGGCAUAUGGGCAACAAAGUUACGGAACCUAUGGACAGCCCACUGAUGUCAGCUAUACUCAGGCUCAGACCACUGCAACCUAUGUGCAGACUGCCUAUGCAACUUCUUAUGGACAGCCUCCUACUGGUUAUAGUACUCCAGCUGCCCCCCAGGCCUACAGCCAGCCUGUCCAGAGGCACGGCACUGGUGCUUACGAUACCACCACUGCUACAGUGACCACUACCCAGGCCUCCUAUGCGGCUCAGUCUGCAUAUGGUACUCAGCCUGCCUAUCCAACGUAUGGGCAACAACCAGCAGCCACCGCACUUGCAAGACCACAAGAUGGUAGCAAGCCUGCUGAAACAAGCCAGCCUCAGUCUAGCACGGGAGGUUACAACCAGCCCAGCAUGGGGUAUGGACAAAGUAACUACAGUUAUCCCCAGGUACCUGGAAGCUACUCCAUGCAGCCAGUCAGCGCACCUCCGUCCUACCCACUUACCAGCUAUUCCUCUUCACAACCAACUGGCUAUGAUCAAAGCAGUUACUCUCAGCAGAACACCUAUGGACAGCCAAGCAGCUACGGACAGCAGAGUAGCUAUGGGCAGCCAAGCAGCUAUGGACAGCAGACCACCCCCACUAGUUACCCCCCCCAAACUGGAUCCUACAGCCAGGCUCCAAGUCAAUAUAGUCAACAGAGCAGCAGCUACGGGCAGCAGAGUUCAUUCCGACAGGACCACCCCAGUAGCAUGGGUGUUUAUGGGCAGGAGUCUGGAGGAUUUUCCGGACCAGGAGAGAACCGGAGCAUGAGUGGCCCUGAUAACCGGGGCAGGGGAAGAGGGGGAUUUGAUCGUGGAGGCAUGAGCAGAGGUGGGCGGGGAGGAGGACGCGGUGGAAUGGGCAGCGCUGGAGAGCGAGGUGACUUCAAUAAGCCUGGUGGACCCAUGGACGAAGGACCAGAUCUUGAUUUAGGCCCACCUGUAGACCCAGAUGAAGACUCUGACAACAGUGCAAUUUAUGUGCAAGGAUUAAAUGACAAUGUGACUUUAGAUGAUCUGACAGACUUCUUUAAGCAGUGCGGGGUUGUUAAGAUGAACAAGAGAACUGGGCAGCCCAUGAUCCAUAUCUACCUGGACAAGGAAACAGGGAAGCCCAAAGGCGAUGCUACAGUGUCCUAUGAAGACCCCCCGACUGCCAAGGAAGUUAUUGACGAGCAGAAAGAAUAA